AUGCUUCUGUUGCUGCUGCUGCUCUGGGGGGUGAAGGGGGUAGAGGGUGGGCCUGAGCUCCACCAGGGUUUCACCCUGAGUGUGCAAAGGGAGGUGGUGGUGCAAGAGGGCCUGUGUAUCUUUGUACCCUGUGAGUUCCACGCCAGGGAGGAAUGGACUGACUCAGACCCGAUUCAUGGAUACUGGUUCCGGUAUGGAGAACAUGAUUCCCCAGUGGCCACAAAUAACCCACUUCGGCCAGCACUGAAGGAGACCCUGGGCCGAUUCUCCCUGCUCGGAGACCCACAGAAGAACAACUGCUCCCUGGACAUCAGAGAGACCAGGAAGGAGGACACCGGGACAUACUUCUUUCGUCUGGAGAGAGGAAAAACAAAGUAUAAUUAUCUUUGGAACACGAUGACUCUGAAUGUGACAGCUCUCACCAACACCCCCCACAUGCUUAUCCCGGAGACCCUGGAGGCUGGCCGUCCCAGCAACCUGACCUGCUCUGCGCCUUGGGCCUGUGGGUCCCCCACCUUCUCCUGGACUGGUUCCUCUGUGUCACUCUCGAGCACCAACACCACUGGUUCCUCAGUGCUGACUGUCAGCCCCCAGCCCUGGGACCAUGGCACCAACCUCACUUGCCAGGUGACCCUGCCUGGAUCUGGUGUGACCACAGGAAUGACCAUCCGUCUCAAUGUGUCAUAUGCUCCAAGGAAUCUGACUGUGACCAUCUAUCAAAGAGCUGGCCCAGAAUACAUAAUCCUGAAGAAUGGCUCAUCUCUUCCGGUCUCUGAGGGCCAGUCUCUACGCCUCUUCUGUAGCACUGACAGCAAUCCCCCUGCGAACCUAAGUUGGACCUGGGGUAACCUGAGUCUGUGCCCCUCGAAGCUGUUGGAACCUGGGCUCCUGGAGCUGUUUCCGGUGCAUCUUAAGCAUGAAGGAAUGUACACCUGCCAAGCUCAGCAUGCCCUGGGCUCCCAACACAUUUCCCUGAGCCUGUAUCCACAGAGCAGCACAACUUUAUCUGAAAUGACUAUGGGGGCCUUUGUGGGUUCAGGCACCACAGUCUUCCUUCUCCUGUUUUGCUGCAUCGUUGUCAUGGCGCUAAGAUCCUAUAGGAGGAGACCAGCCAGGCCAGCUAUUGGAGCUCCAGAUUCAAAUGCUCUCAAGGGCUCAGUUUCUCAGAGUCCCCUGGUUAAACCCCAGGCAGAUGGCAGCUCUGAACUCCUGCCUCCCACAGCCGAGGCAGCCCCCUCAUCUACAGAGGAAGAGGCACAUUAUGCAUCCCUCAGCUUUCAUGAGAUGCAGCCCAGGAAUCCACAGGGUACACAGGUCGCCACUGAGUACUCGGAGAUAAAGUUCCACAAGUGA